AUGACGCAUCUACUCCCCCCGAUGCUGUUGAACCUGUUCGCCCCGCGGCCGCCGCUGCGAUGGGUCGAGCCUUCCGACCACGCGCCUGAGAAGCGCUGCACGCCCAAGAUUGGCGGCAUUGGCCAGUACAUGGAGGCGCUGAGGGAAUACAAAGACAACGACGGCUACGUGCCCACCGACAGCUGGCUGCAGAAGCGCGAUCGCAAGAAGCUCGAAAAGAAGGAGAAACAGGAGUAUCUGCUCACCGAAGGGGUCAAGGAUUACAAACCCGUCGAAGAUCCCAAAGUACAGGGCGACGCCUUCAAGACGCUCUUCGUUUCUCGCCUAUCCUAUGGCGUCACCUCCGAUGACCUCGAGCGCGAAUUCGGCCGCUACGGUCCCAUCGAGCGCAUUCGGAUCGUUGAAGACGUCACACAACCCGCCGACGCGCCACCCAAGAAGCGAAAGCGCGGUUAUGCUUUUAUUGUCUUCGAGCGCGAAAAGGAUAUGAAGGCUGCAUACAAGGAGACAGACGGUAUCAAGAUCAAGGAUCGACGCGUACUCGUGGAUGUCGAGCGCGGCCGCACAGUCUCUGGAUGGCGCCCACGUCGCUUCGGUGGCGGUCUCGGUGGACGAGGCUACACCAAGGGCCCGUCUGCCCGUGGGCCAAGCGGAGGGGGUAGCCAAUUUGGGGGACCUCCAGCUGGCCCUGGUGGCUUCGGAGCCCGCGGCGGUGGCUUCGGUGGAGGUUUCGGUGGACGAGGUGGUGGCCGUGGCGGAUUUGGCGGCGGAUUCGGGGGUGAUCGAGGAGGCUUCGGCGGUGGACGAGGAGGUUUCGGUGGCCGCGGUCGAGGUGACUUUGGUGGUGGUCGCGGAGGUAUCGGCUACCAGUCCAACGGCUAUGGACCUCCCGAUGGCGCCCCAGCUGGUCCUCGCGGUCCACGAGGUGGUGGGUUCGGCGGCGACCGAGGAGGCGGAGGUGGAUUUGGAGGCGACCGCGGUGGAGGCGGAGGACGAUACGAAGACCGACGCGGCGGCGGUGGUGGUGGCUACGACCGAGGAUCCAGCGGCGCUAACAACGAACCGCUCGGCAGCAGAGAUCGAUACCGCGACCGCGACGGUGGGUACGGUGGUGGAGGCCGAGACGACGGCUCAAGGAAGCGCGGCUACGAAGGCGACAGCUACGACGACCGAAGCCAGCGCCGCAGAUACUAG